UGCAGAUCAUUUACCAGGUAUAGAUAUCACGAUAUCCCUACAAUACAAAAUUGGAAAAGCUGUGCCAAGUAAGUUUACUAAAUGGACAGCUACGGAAAGGCGAAAAAUAGCACUAUAGCAGCUAGAGACAUCGAUAAAAUAAUAACCGUCACGUGAAUAAAAAUUAAAUUGGACAAAAAACUUUGCUGAGACAAAUUACAGGGUAGGGUAUAGUAUUCAAUAGAAAACUUUGCAGCUACAAUGUAAAUAUUCUUUACUUCGGACAAUGUUGCGAGCUCUGCGCUAUCAUUCUUAUAAAAUUUAUCUGACUAACAAGACAUGGAAGAAGAACGAAGUCGUGAUGAACGAGAUUUGGAGAGUAGUGUUAGAGCAUUUGAUUGGUGCAAAUGGAUGUCUAAGUGGAUCGGUGUUUGGCCAUUGGCACCGAAUUUCUAUCUGUUUAAUGUGACAUUUGCAUACUUUACUGCCGUAAUGUUACUGGAGUAUGUCGAUCUUUUUUUCUGUUUGCCAAAUUUUGAAAAAGUACUCGACAACCUUACGGAAAAUUUGUCCUUUACGAUAGUUUAUGUGCGCACAUUAUCGCUGAGGGUGUACAAUUACAAGCUUGGCAAUGCGAUACGAGAAUGUUUGAAGGAUUCGAGUGUCAGUGCAUUUGGAAACUCGAAAGAAAUUGAUAUUUUUGUGCAAUAUACCAAAGAGGGUAAAUUUUUUGCUAAAUUCGUCAUAGCUUUUACUGUAAUGACUGAAGCUUCUUGGUAUUUACGACCAAUCACGUCGCAUACAGCAAUACGAGUGAUAGCUGAUAAUGAGACAUUAAAUAAUGUGACGUUAAAGUUCAGUCUGCCGUUUCAUUUUUAUGUUUUUUACGAAAUAAAUAGCAUUAAAACUUACUUACUUACGUAUCUUUCGCAUGGUCCAUUUGUACCGAUCAAUGGUUUUGGUACCGCUAGUGCUAAUUGUCUUUUGAUAGCACUUUCAUUCCACAUUAGCGGUCGGCUGGCUGUUUUAGCUGAAAGAAUAAACAGAUUGAAAGAUAAUCCUGAUUCGUAUAAAAGAGAAUUGAAGUUAAUUAUUGAUGAACACAUUCGACUUUUGAGAAUGGUAGAAGAUGUUCAGAUUUCUUUUGGUGUUAAUUUAUUAGUACAUUUAUUGAACGGCACAAUACUUUUGUGUAUUGUUGGAUACCAAAUACUGUUGACGCUUACAGUCGGACCAAAAACAAAUAUAAUGCCUCUUAUUAUUUAUAUAAUGACCUUGUAUAUGUUGAUGUCAAUUGUCUGUAUUCUCAGCGAAAAUUUAAUUGCUGAGAGCAAUAAAGUUUGCGAAGCGUUUUGGAAUUGCGGCUGGUAUGAAAUGCCGCAAGAUUGCGUCAAAGAUAUUGUUUAUUGUAUAAAACGUUCUCAGAAACCGCUAUCAUUAAAAGCUGGCGCGUUUAUUACUUUCGGGAAUAGUACAUUAACGGAGGUAACGAAAACGGCGAUGGGAUAUUUGUCUGUGCUCAGAAAUUUUUUGAUCUUCGACAAAGAUUUCAAAAAAUCACAAAUAUCGUUUAUUGCACAAUAUCAAAAUUUCGAUGACAUGGAACAGCUGAGCCAAGAUCAAAAAGACUUGAAUGAGGGUGUGAAAAUAUUCAAUUGGGGUAAAUGGGUAUCAAAAGGCCUCGGGAUGUGGCCUCUUGCCCCAAAUAAUUACAUUUUUAUAAUAACAUUUUUUUACUUUACCAUCGUAAUGACUCUCGAGUGGUUGGAUUUUUACCAUUCACUCAACGAUUUAGAUAAAGUGAUCAGCAAUCUUUCGGACAGUUUAGCAUUCACUCACACUUAUGUCCGCGGACUGAUACUGCGGUUUCACGUCAAUGAAAUGCGGAUGCUAAUUAAAAAUUCAAUGCGAGAUUUUGAUGUCAAUACUUUCAAAAACUCAUGGGAAGUUGAAAUAUUCAUGGAUUGUAUCAAUAAAGGAAAGCGCGUCACUAAAUAUAUUAUUUUGUUCAUCGCUAUAACGGAAAUUAUUUGGUUUCUACAACCUCUGGCAAUUCCUGGUCAUUUUGUCAAUGAUAACGAAACCAUAAGAUAUAUUUUGCCAUAUCAAUUCCACAUUGUCUACGAAAUAAAAAAUUUCAAAUCUUACGUAUUGACUUAUAUUUUAUAUAUCCCACAUAUGUUCAUCAGUGGCUUCAGUCAUUCUUCAACAGAAUGUUUUUUGAUAACGCUCGUUUACUAUUUGAGCGGGAGAUUUGUAAUUUUGGCGGACAGAAUAAACGCGCUGAGCAAAAAACCUAAUCUGCGUAAGAGUGAUCUCAAUGAUAUUAUUGCUGAAUAUAUCAGAUUAUUGAAAUUAGGAGAAACGGUUAUAAAUUCAUAUACUACGUCAUUACUAGUUUAUAUGAUGAACUCUACUAUACUUUUGUGCAUAAUCGGUUACCAAAUACUAAUUCAUAUUAUGAUUGGGCCAAAAAUAAAAUUGAUUCAUUGUUUUGUUUAUAUAUUUACAAUAUAUUUAGUGAUAACUGUCUUCUGUAUCGUGAGCGAACGACUGAAGGCUGAGAAUAAUAAAGUUUGCGAGGCGUUUUGGAAUUGCGAGUGGUAUAAUCUGCCUCCUAAGCAAAUCAGAAUUAUUAUGUUUUGUAUUAUGAGAUCACAAAAACCGCUGGCGCUUAAAAUUGGAAAAUUUUCGUAUUUUGGUAUCAGCACAUUGACAAACGUUACAAAAACGGCAAUGGGUUAUCUGUCAGUCCUCAGGCAUUUUAUAAUCACAGAAUCUACCUAAAGAUGGACUUUUGAAAGCUAUACUAUGAAUACAC